GCCGGCCCUGGUUCGGUACCGCCGCCACUGCCUCCUUCUCCAGCUGUUUUGGGUGGCAUUAGGCUCCUACCUACCUCAAGAAACAGCUUAGGGCCCUGAGCCACCUGACUCCAGGAGCUGGGCUCCCGUUCGUGGAGCGCUAGGCAGCACGGUGUCUUCCUACUGCUGAGAGUUAUGCGCCAAAGUCUGUGAGAGCCAAGACGGGUCUUAGGUCAGCAUCUCCCAGGAGCAGGCUAAGGUGGCUCCUCUCCUUUGUGGGUCCCAUUCUCAGGCGCCUGCCUCUCCACAUGCUCUGUAUAGGGAACCUAGACACCUAACUCAGCUUUGUGGAUCACAGGAUUGUUCCUGUGAAUUGCCAGGGGCCUAAAAGCUAGUCCUUGCAAUGCUCAGCAUGCCGAUGCCGCCAUCCCAUCGUGAGUCCACCCCCCGGCCUUUUCCUCACUGCUAAAAAGGUGAGUUUAGUUUUUAUUAUGGGUUUUUUUCCUGCCAUGGAGUAAUUGAAGUACAGGAUUAUUCUGAGGUAAAAAUACAGUGAGGAGAGAGCACUUGAUUUUUAGCAGUGAGGAAAAGGGCUGAGAAAAUGUCUCUGAAAUAGGAUCAGAGAGCAAGGAGGAAGGUCCCCUGUAUUUUCUUUUUUCCCUCCUGGACCACGGUGCACUUUAUUUACACCCGCCCGUGUGUGCCGAAGCAGUGCACAUGUUGUGUGGGCAGCUUGUUCAGGAUGCAUAACAGUGGCAAUGAGGAUAAGUCUGUAGAAGGGACAGUGGUAGAUUUUCUGCCUGAUAGCUUGCGCUUCAAAGGUGUUUGUAAGUAUUUUAAAUACUGUUUAUCGGGUUUGGCGGUGUACUCAGUGUUUGUGUGCGGUAAAUGUUUGUUUACUAUAGAAACCAUGCAGCCUGCUCUACACAUGGGCGGUACCUGAACCCCACAUUCGGGGAGUCUAGCCCCCGGCCCUGCCCCAGGCCAUCCCCUCCUCACCCGCCGGAGCCCUGAGCCUCCUACUGCAGCUGGAGGAGCCCUGGCCCGCCCACUCAGGCCUCGCUGAGUCAUGGGCUGCCAGCUGGCCCGAAUCCCAGGCUGCCGUCUAGCAGCACCAAGCACCAGCCUGCCCGCUCCAGCUGUCCCAAGCCUCAGCCCACCGGCCGGUCCGAGCCUCAACCUGCCUGCCUCAGCCGGCCUGAGUCCUGGGCCACCAGGCACUGGCCAGCCCGCCUUAGCCCCUGCUGGCUUUGGGGAAGAAGCAGAGCAAGGGGGAAAGAGGAGCAGUGUGGGUGUGGCCACGGGGAAAGAGCGGGACAUAGGAGCGGGGCCUCUGGGUGACUCAUGGGCAGGGCCACGGCCUAGCUGGGGAGGCUUAGUCCCCCCUCCCCUCCCUCCCCGGCCUGUUCUACCCACUGUCCAAGGAUCUACAGUGGAAAGAGCCUAAUAAAUAACACCACCUUCAUUCCGGGUUUUACAGACAAUAGCCCAGAGGUUUAACUCUGGGCAGUGCUUUUCUGGAUUAGCAAAACACCUUUCUUUGUGCCCAAAUUUAAAAUACUGAUUUCACAGUGGUAGCAAAUUGUGCCCCCUCCAUUACAAGUUCCUACCUCUGGACCAGAGGCUGGGGAAAGGAAGCAGGUUGUGACAGGCAACCUCCCUGUCCACCAUUCUUUGCUGUCCUGGGACCAGGAGAUGCAGAAAAGUAGAGGAUGUGGAAAGGUGAGCGGUAGUAGAUUGUGAGGGGAAUACCUCCAUCACAGCUUGCUACCCCUGGACCAGAGGCUGAGGAAAGGUAGAGGCAGCAAAACUGUGAAAGAGCAGCAAAAGAGAAUAGUGAGGUGUCAGUAGCUGCUACUCAGUAGCAAAUUGUACCGGCGGCAGUUAUGCUGGCCAGGAAAUGGGUGGCAGAGAGCCCUGCAGGAGUGGACAUGGCCCUGUGAUCGGUUAUUUUUAGGAGCAGAUGAACCCAUCAAGCCUGGUGGCCUGGCACAGCUCCAUGACCCAAGUGAGUGGGGCAGAGCUGGGAGCUCCGGUCCAGGGCUGGUAGCCAGUGAGUGUAGGGUGCAGACAAGAGGCCGUCCCUGACCAACAGUUCCCUGUGCCAAUUGCUUCCCAGAACGAAUCACAUCCGGAGUCAGUGUCAUUGCAAAAGGCAUCCUCUGCUGCUCCAGGCUCUGGGUAACCUCUUUAGGACCCUAUCACCUCCCAUCUCUGUUUAUAUCAUGGACUCUCUGGAAUAAUCCUGAGUCUUGAUAGAAAUCCCCCUUCUCAUGCCUCCCCGGGACUGGUACAUCUCCUUUCUGUCAUCCCAUUGACACAGUGGCUGCUUUGUACGAUGACCCCUUAAUGCUGAGAGAAGCUGCCUGCACCCAGGGGACAUGGGGUCCCUGAGGGGUUUAUCGCUGGAACCUAAAAAAAGAUGGUGUGGGCGUGAUCACUGGAUCCAGGCAUCAGAGUCUCUGCAGCUGAGGAAUCACAUCCACAUUUUGCUCCAGAUCGUCCCAUCUUCCAGGGGACAGGGAAGGGAAAUGGCUGUGGAGCCAGUUCAGAUGCCGGUGACCUUCGAGGAGGUGGCUGUAUAUUUCACCCAGGGGCAGGGGGCUCUGCUGGACCCCACUCAGAGAGCCCUCUACAGGGACGUCAUGCAGGAGAACUACGAGACGGUGACCUCGCUGGGAUUCCCCAUUUCCAAACCGGAGCUGAUCACCCGGCUGGAACGAGGGGAAGAGCCGUGGGUCCCGGAUCUCCACCCCUCCAAGGAAUGGGACGUUCACAGAGGCACCCGCAAAGGGAAUGACUCCUGUCCGGAUUCUCUCUCUCCCCCAGCAGUUCAUGAGGCGAUGAUGAGUGAGAACAAGGAAAAGAAUUCACAGCAGGAAGAUCCCGAGCAAGUGGAACUGCAGGGGAACUUUUGGAGAAGAGCCAAAGGGAAUUUUUCCCAAUCCUUGGAACAGGACAAAGCUUGGAGAAUUCUGCAGAGGCCAGAGAGGCAGUUGGGAAACCACUCAAUAAAGAAAGAGGAGGAAUCCAUUGAAUGUGGGAUAGGAUGCAAGGAUCCCAAGCAAACCGCAGCCCCACAGACAAAUCCCAAGGAAGAAAAACCCUAUAAAUGUCUCAGCUGUGGGAAAAGCUUCAAUCAGAAAUCGAACCUUAUCACUCAUCAGAGAAUCCACACAGGUGAAAAACCCCAUAAGUGCUUGGACUGUGGGAAAAGCUUCAGCCAGAAAUCAUCCCUGAUUAUACAUGGGAGAAAGCACACAGGAGAGAGGCCUUAUAAAUGCUUUGAGUGUGGGAAAUGUUUCAAUCAGAUCUCAAACCUGACUACGCAUCAGAGAAUUCAUACUGGAGAGAAACCUCAUAAAUGCUUGAAAUGCGGCAAAAGGUUUAGUCAGAGAUCAGCCCUGAUUACACAUCAGAGAAUCCACACGGGAGAGAAACCCCAUAAGUGCUUGGACUGCGGGAAAAGUUUUAGUCAGAGAUCAGCCCUGAUUACACAUCAGAGAAUCCAUAUGGCAGAUAAAAUGUACAAAUGUCUCAAAUGCGGGAAAAGUUUCAGUGUGAAAUCAGCCCUUGUUAUGCAUCACACAAUCCAUGCAGGAAAGAAACUUCAUAAAUGUUUGGACUGUGGGAAGAGUUUCCGUGACAGCUCAAACCUCACUAAACAUCGAAGAAUCCACACGGGGGAGAGAAUAUAUCAGUGCCUCGACUGUGGGAAAAGCUUCAAUCGGAAAUCGAACCUUCUUACCCAUCGGAGAACCCACACAGGAGAGAAACCCCAUAAAUGCUGGGACUGUGGGAAAAGCUUCAGUCAGAGAUCAUCCCUUAUGAAGCAUGUGAAAAUCCACACAGGAGAGCGGCCGUAUAAAUGUCUGGAGUGUGGGAAAUGUUUCAAUCAGAACAUAAACCUUAUUACGCAUAAGAGAACCCACACAGGAGAGAGACCCUACAAGUGCCUGUACUGUGAGAAAAGUUUUACUGUGAGGUCAGCCCUGAUUACACAUCAGAGAAUCCAUACAGGGGAGAAACCCCAUAAGUGCUUGGACUGUGGGAAAAGUUUUAGUCAGAGACCAGCCCUUACUACACAUCAGAGAAUGCACACGGGAGAGAAACCCUUUAAAUGUCUCAACUGCGGGAAAAGUUUCACUGUGAGAUCAACCCUUAUUACGCAUCAGGCAAUCCACACGGGAAAGAAAUCCCAUAAAUGUUUGGACUGUGGGAAAAGCUUCAGUCAGAGCUCAUCCCUUAUUAAACAUGGGAGAAUGCACACGGGAGAGAAACCCUAUGUAUGUCUUGAGUGUGGGAAAAGCUUUAGUCAGAGAUCAUCUCUUAUUAUACAUGGCAGAAUGCACACGGGAGAGAAACCCUAUAAAUGUCUUGAGUGUGGGAAAUGUUUCAUUCAGAGGUCAAAUCUUGUUACACAUCAGAGAUCCCACUCAGGAGAGAGACCCCAUGAGUGCCUUGACUGUGGGAAAAGUUUCAAAGUGAGAUCAGCCCUUGUUACACAUCAGAGAAUCCAUACGGGAGAGAAACCCCAUAAAUGCUUGGACUGCGGGAAAUCUUUUAGUCGCAGAUCAGCCCUUAUUACACAUGAGAUAAUCCACACUGGAGAGAAACCCCAUAAAUGCUUGGACUGUAAGAAAAGCUUCAAUAACAGCUCGAAUCUUACUAAACACCAGAGACUGCACACAGAAGAGAAACCCUAUAAAUGCCUUGAGUGUGCAAAAGUUUUCAGUGUGCAAUCAGCCCUUAUUAGACAUGAGAGAACUCACAUGGGAGAUAAACCCUAUAAAUGCAUGGACUGUGGGAAAACUUUCAGUCAGAGUUCAGACCUUAUUAAACAUAGGAGAAUCCAUACAGGAGAGAGACCAUAUAAAUGCCUUGAGUGCGGGAAAAAUUUCAUUCGCCGCUCACACCUUAUCAAGCAUCAGAGAGUCCACACAGGCGACAAACCGUAUAAAUGCCUCAACUGUGGGAAAAGUUUUGCUGACAGAACAAAAUUUACUAGACAUCAGGCAAUCCACACAGGAGAGAGACCCCAUAAAUGCUUGAACUGUGGGAAAAGCUUCAUUCAGAAGUCACAAUUUAUUAUACACCAGAGAGUGCACACAGGAGAGAGACCAUUUAUAUGCUGUGAGUGUGAGAAAAGUUUUAUUCAGAAAUCACAGCUUAUUACCCAUCAACGAACCCACACAGGAGAGAGACCUUAUAAAUGCCUUGAGUGUCAGAAAAGUUUUAUGCAAAGUUCAUCUCUUAUUCAACAUAAGAGAAUCCACAGAGGAGAAAGACCCUAUAAAUGCCUUGAGUGUGGGAAAAAGUUUAUGGAACGUUCAUCCCUUAUUAAACAUAGGAGAAUUCACACAGGAGAAAGACCCUAUAAAUGCCUCGAGUGUGGGAAAAGUUUUAUGGAAAGUUCAUCCCUUACUAAACAUAGGAGAAUCCACACAGGAGAAAGACCCUAUAAAUGCCUCGAGUGUGGGAAAGAUUUCAGUCGUCGCUCACACCUUGUUAAGCAUCAGAGAACACACAGAGGCGACAAACCCUAUAAAUGCCUCGAUUGUGGGAAAAGUUUAGUUGACAGAACAAACCUUACUAGACAUCAGGCAAUCCACACUGGAGAGAAACCCCAUAUAUGUUUGGACUGUGGGAAAAGCUUCAUUCAGAAGUCACAACUUACUCUACACCAGAGAGUGCACACAGGAGAGAGACCCUUUAAAUGUCUUGAGUGUGGGAAAAGUUUUAGUGAGAGCUCAAAGCUUACUAGACAUCAGAGAACCCACACAAGAGAGAGAACCUAUGGGUGCCUUGAGUGUGGGAAAAGAUUUAUGCAAAGUUCAUCCCUUAUCAAACAUGGGCGAAUGCACACAGGAGAAAGACCCUAUAAAUGCCUUGACUGUGGGAAAGGUUUUAUCGCAAGUUCAGCCCUUACUAAACAUAGGAGAAUCCACACAGGAGAGAGACCCUAUAAAUGCCUCGAGUGUGGGAAAACUUUCAGUCAGCGCUCACAUCUUACUCAGCAUGGAAGAACGCACACAGGAGAGAGACCCUACAAAUGCCCUGAGUGUGGGAAAAGUUUCAGUUUCAAAUCAGGCCUUAAUAUGCAUCAGAAAACCCACACAGGAGAAAAAUCCCAUACAUGCUUGGACUGUGGGAAAACUUUCAGUCAGCGCUCAUACCUUACUAAACAUAGGAGAAUCCACACAAGAGAGAGACCUUAUAAAUGCCUUGACUGUGGGAAAAGUUUCAGUAAGAGCUCAGAGCUGACCAAACAUCAGAAAAGCCACAAUAGUGAGACCCUAGGAAUAGCUUGACCUUAGGAAAAGAUUCAAUUUGACUUCACGCUUCAGUGACCCACACAACAGAGAGACCUUGAAUGUGGGUGAAGCUUCAUUUGAUGCUCCUGGAGUAUCAAACACCCGCAAAUCCACACAGGGAAGAAACCUCUGAGAUGUUCUUAGUGUGGAAAAUGCUCCAAGUGGCGCUAACACCAUGUUGGACGUCAGAGACUCCUCCGCACAGCAGGAAAAUUCUCUCAGGGCCCUGACUGGAGCCGGCCAGGGUGACAAACCCAUUUCCUCGUUCCCACAUACAUCAGGGUGUUUGACUCCCAAGGAUCCAGCUGCCCAGCGCUGAGAUGAGGAUGCAGCAGCAGCCGAGCAUCAGCUGGUCAGUGCCCCUCUGGCUCUGCCUGGUCUAAGCAAACCCCUGGCAGAGGAGGAGAAGCCCCAAUCAGCCCCUCCUCCCUGCUGCAGCCCUGUCUGCUUAGCUGAUGGGCUUCCGGUGAAGGAAAGGAGAGAGAGAAAAUCCUCCAGCCGCUCCCUCUGACUGGCUGAAAUUCCCCAUCUCCAUGGACAAUAGAGUGCCCUUGGAAGGUAGACUAGUCCAUCCCCCUCUGCCUGAGACCCUGCCCCUUCUGCUCCAGAAGGCAGGAGGGGGCCUGCUGGAGUGUGGGCGGGGCCAUGCUAGGGUGUUUCGGGAGGCAUGGCCUCCCCCAGCCUACUAUACCCGCUGCCCAUGCCCCUCUCCCUUCCCUUCCUGGCCAGGAUCCCCCUGCCAUGGAGAUGAAGUGAAGGACCUUUGGGCCAGGCCCCACCUUUACUCUACACAUCUGUCCCCAUCUUCCACCAGCCCCUGGGCUAGGCUCCCCCACUGAUCUGGAGCUGUUCCCUGCAGGGUGAGUGUCCCUGGGGGGCUCAUAACUCCUCCCCUUCCCAAAUAGCCCAGGGCACUGGGCUCUGGGGGAUCAACUGUUAAAGGAUCAGGCCUAUGGGUUCUGGGGAGGACACUGAGGAUUGAAUGGUUGGGGCUGGGGGAGCUGGGAAGCAGGGGGAGCUGGAUGCUGGGGCUAUCGAGUGUUUGGGGAUCAGGGGAUAAGAGGCGAGGGAGAGCACAGGGGUAGCGAGGUGCUGCCUCUCACCACUCUCCCCCUUCUCACUUACCCUGCUGCAUUCAGACAACACCAUUAGGAGAGACUGAUUCCCACAGAGUCUUUUCUUGGAAGCCUGGAUUUCCCACCUCUGCUACAGCAGAAUCAGCCUCUGAGAGGGAAGCAGCAUUACCUAGUGGGUAGAGCACUGGCCAGGGACUCAGGGGACCUAAGCUCUGUUUCCCAAUGCUGCCAGCAGCUUGCGGGGUGACCUGAGACAAAUCUGUGCCUUCCAGAGAGGGAAUAAAUGGGAAGAGAUAAUAUCAGCCUCCGAGUGUCUGUCUAGGGCAGGAGAAGUGGCUGGGAUUAGCUGGUGCGUCUCCUUUGUUCCUCCACCCUUUUUUCUAGUCUAGACUGACCCUGAGCAGUUUAUUCCAAUCCCCCAUUAGCAAAGUGAUUGUUAAAGUCACUAAAUCCCCCCUUCGCAGUGAGAUUGUCUCAUUCCCAGACAUCCUCACAUUGCUCCAAGUUCUGCUGAAAAGCAUUUCAUUUUUUCUGCUGUUUCUCCUUUAUACAUCAGCAUUCAAUAGAGUCUAAAAGAGCUGGAGCAGGAAUAGAAAAAUAUUGUGGUGUUUUCGCUUCUGUGUUAUUUGAGAGGGACAGGGUGACUCCGGGGGUUUCCCUCCCGUCCCCAUCAACCUCACACAUCUUCUCUCACAGAGCAGCCUCUGCCCAAGCCGUGCAGAGUUUAUCCUUUUCCCUUUCUAUCCCUCCACCUUCAUGUGUGUCAUUUACCACAGUGUCCUUUGCCCACCAUGCUUAGGAAUCAGGCUUUGAUUUCUUUGAUCCUCAAUCAGGCCCCUGAGGGCUGGAGAAGAAAAUGUCACAUUCCUGAAGGGAGAAUUCAAAUGAACCCCAAAGCACAGUUUGAGCUCCAAUCCCAGCCUCCAGCUACUGGUAACGUGGCAUCUGGAGUUUUUCCAGGCAAAUCCAGAUCAUUUGUAGAUAGGAAGCUUUUGGCUGUUUGUCUUUUUUUCCUCUUUCUUUUGUGACAAGGAUGCUUAAGCUUUUGUCAGUAACCAGCCAAAUAAUGGGGCAGUGCUGAGGAAAGGAGUUUUUGCCUGUUGAGCAAGAAAUGGGCAAAUUUGUUCCCAAGAUUUAGAGUUUUAGGAUUCUCUGGGAUUUCACUUCAUGAACAGGAAAGAAGUUUAUAGCCCAUCCUGGAGUGUGGGUUUUUCUCUUUUAGGUGAAGGCUCUUCUGUCAUGUAUUUGACAUUAAAUUAGUUUGAUGGGAUAUAGCUCAGAUUUCUUGGUGACUUCAAAAGAGAAAUGAUAAUUUGCCACAAUAGUCCUUACUGAUUUUCUUUUCACAUCAGAUUUGCUUCUUCUUUGAACAAUGAAAAUGACCAGUGUCUGUCAGCAAAAAAACACUGAGGGCUAGUGCUGGAUACGCACUCCGGGAGUCAGGGACUGAAAUGGGGAAGGAAGUGACUACCUGAUCCCUGCAGAGAUGUGAGAUACAGUCAGGAGAGGGAGAGGAUGGGUGGGUGGGUCAGUGUCCUGGGCCUUGAAAGGGCACUGUUUGCUCUUGCGAGCCAGAGAGCUGAUUCUGAGAACUGUGAACUCACUGCACAAGUCCCAGAGAGAGAGGAAAUGUCCUACAAGUGCUGGGUGAAGUCAUCCUUAAACUCUGACGGGCUACAAAUGAAGCCCUGAGAGGACUAAUGUAGAGAGCGGUUGGCGACUCCCCAUUGCUGAGAGGAGGAAGAGGAGGGAGGGCAAAUGCCUUUCUCAUGGAUUGUUAGCACUUUUCUACUAGCUUUAACUUGUUCCUUUUUACCUGGGGCACGUGUGUGGCUGGAACAGCAGUGUGCUAAGCUGGGGCUGAAAUGUGCCGUGCAGAGCUGGGCAUUGGAUGCGAGUAGGGGUUGGGAUUUAGCUUUUAAUUC